AUGGCGGGUAUAUCUCCCUUGACCUUUGCCAUGUACGACACCCCAUCUCUUUCGUCGUCCACACAGUCAAUCCCCACUCAGUUCGUCAGCGACGAGUCCAUCACAGACGCCUACGCCUUUGACGUCGACGACUCCGAGUCCGAAUCUGCCUCUGCACUCGACGUACCCGCAGCCAACAUGAGCGACGAUCCCGUAGUCCUCUGCCCGUCCUGUGAGAAGCCGCUGCCGGCCUCUGUGUUGGAGGGGCUCCAUGACGCCUCACGAACCCCUCGUCGGCAAGCCUUGAAGACGCCCCACUCGCACACCGACGAGGCAGUGACCCCGACAAAGCCUCAGUUUGGACAGAUCGUUUCCGGGAGCCCCUCAGAUGCCAGGUCAUCUGCAUCUGUGGAGGCCGCACGCACAGACACACCAGUCACGACCGAGUCGCUAAAGGAGUCACUCAACACCGCCGACGACGCCGACGCUUUGGCCGCAAAGCUGGUCAUCAGCGACGACGACAUUCGCCGGUGGAGCUCACUCGCUGGCGUCAAAGUCGCUGGACCGCCCAAGACUUCGCCACCAACAAGCAACAUUGUUGCUCCCAUUCCGACUCGCGCCGAGGCCUCUAAACCCUUCCCCCUCCUGCCGCCCCCACCUGUCACUGCCUCCAAGGUAUUGGCCAAGUCAUCUGACUCGCGGUCCUCGUCCCGGUUCGGGUUCUUCUCACGGAAGAAGACGGCCGAAGAUGAGAGCGAGGACGACUCUGACGACGACGGCCCACAGGGCUAUGCAAGAUUAGGUGCGCCCGGCUCGGACGAUGACGAUGACGGGUACGAGAGCGAUAAGCCGUUCUCAAAGAAGGUCUCCAAACCCGAAUCCGAGCCCGAGGCGACAGAACCCGAGGGAGAUGUGAAGCAGGAGGAGCAGCCCAAGACGGUCACGCCCCCACCAGCAAAGGCGGCGGAGGAGUCGACCAAUGGGUCUGACGCCGACUUGCGUGCUCUGUUGACAGAAGUGCUAGGACGAGUUCAGGCCUUGUCCAAAUCACACGGGGAUCUGUCCACAUCACACGCCACGCUCCUGACAUCACUCAAGAUCGCCCGGUCCAACCUCGUCAUGGCAGAGGCGAACACAGAGAUGCUCGAGGAGGAGCUCAAGCGAGCCAAGGCUGCUGUCACAUCUGCUCCCCCCACUGUUGGCCGGUUCACCCAGCCCGGUGUGCCCCGCGGUUCGACCGACCAGCCCCGCGCGUCAUCAAUAGACACCAAGGCCCGCCCUGCUUCCAUCCAGAUGGCAGCCGCAGCCAGUGGACCACCUAACGGCAACAAGAGCGGCGGCGGUUUUGGGUUCUGGAGCAACGGCAAGAAGAAGAAUGGCCUUGGCUCGCCUACCGACUCUGAGCACCCCCGCCCAUCGGCAUCGCGUUCAGCCUCGACCAACGCCGGCGCCAGCGACGACGACGAACUGCGCAAGCUGCGUGAGCAGCUCCAGACGCAAAACACCGAGCUCGAGGCGCUCAAGGUCGGCAAGAAGGAAAUUGAGGCCGAGCUCGAGGGCCUUUCACAGGCACUGUUCGAGGAGGCCAACAAGAUGGUUGCGGACGAGCGCAAGAGGCGCGCCGAGAUUGAAGAGAACCUUCGGGAAGUGAAGGACGAGCGCGAGGCACUCCGCCAAACCAUCAAGGUGCUGGGAGGACCCACCCCGCUCCCUGGUACACCCAUGGGCGAGUUGGCAGACGACCCGCAACCACGCGACCUUGACAUGCACUAUGCUGCCUUGCGGCGGAGUAUCCACCACGUCGUGGACGGUCCCACGCCAGAGCCGAGCGACCCAACAAGCGACGACGAACGAGGCGACACGGCGACAACGGACAGCGCGUCAGACGCGGACCGUAUUGACUCUGACCUCCACGAGUCCGAGUCCCCUGCCAGCACCAGGCCGACCCUUGCAACAGGUAUUCCCGAGCCACCCCACGCGGCAUACGAGGAGGCCAACCCAUGGGCUGCUGCCGCCGCGCCGCAGGCCGUGUUGUAA